GCACCGACUCAUUCUGCAAGCCAUCGUAACGUAAUGCGCACCAGGCUUGUUUCAAGUAAAAUCAGAUAAAUGCAUCGGCAAGCCGCGUGUCGUCUGUGCAGAAACGUUCGAAAAAGAAAAAUGAUGCGUGGUAAAGGAUCUUCAGCUAACGAUAAAUAAGGUUAUUAUAGACUUGGCGCGACACCUGAAUAAGAGUGACUGACAGGAGUUGUACAGCGAGAGAAUGUGGGUGAAGGUCUUCGUCCUUCUCAGCAUUGCUACCUGGGAUUUGGCCUCAACGGAGGUAACAGUAGACAGCACGGGUUACUGCAAAUCAUCAGAGGCAAGCACUGAUCUCAUCUUUCUUUUGGACAGCUCAAGUAGCAUCACACCCUGGGAGUUCUCCAGUUUUCUUUCAGUUUUCAAAAAUUUAGUUUCUGUCUUGAAUGUUGGUCCCAACCAUGUCCAGAUUGCCCUUGUGUCAGUUAGUGAUCUGCCCGUUUUGGAGUUUUCAUUUCAACAACAUACCACAGCCCAGGAAAUAUUAAGGUCCUUGAGUAAUGUGGAGCAAAGAAUGGGCAGCACCAAUUCUGGGCUUGCCCUGAAGUGGGUAUACGAGAUUGGCUUUACUAAGGAGCAUGGGUCUCGAGAUGCAGUCCAGAAGACUGUAGUUUGGGUAACAGAUGGCUUAUCUACUGAUGAUGUUGCCUGGCCUGCUAAGGUCUUAAAGGAUGCUGGAAUAUUAGUUCUAGUGGUGUCCACAGGAAGAUCAAGUCACGGUAUCCAAAAUGUGGCCAGCAGUGAGAGAACUAUGUUCUUUGUGGAUACAGACAAGUUGCUGGAUCUUGUAGUGGACUUAUGUGUGGCUAUAGUGGGUUCUGCCCCUCUACCAGGACCCAAUAUGCGUAAUGAGAUUCCUGAUAUAGCUGCUGCACUCUGGCAGCAGUCUGGCUCCCCUUUCAAAAAGCAAAAUUCACUGGAUAUUUUCUUCAAUAGAGUUCAGAGUGAUAUUGGGGCUUCUAGUCAAAUGAAUGAAGCACUGGAAAGUCAUAAUAUGACCAGACAGUCUGAGAAUAUUUCUGUUCUGACAUCAGUGAACACAUCAGAGAGUCCCAUAGACACUUCAACUAGUCAUCCGCCAGUUUCUCCACAGACAUUACUGGUCUCAGAAUCUGGUCCUCAAACCCUUUACCUCUCCAUACCUCCAUCUUUCCAUUCUCGCUAUCCCUACAAGCCACUAUUUGAUGGCAUGCCUGGUAGGACUAUUGGCUCAAAAGGUGGAGUGGCUUCGCUUGAGGUGAAAGCUGAAGGAAAGGAAGCAAGAGUUGUCCAAGUGAAAGCAAACUCAUCAUCCCUCAUCUCCACAACUUCUCAUUUUAAGCAGGGUGCCAAGAAACCUUAUUCAUUGAAAUCAAGAACGUUUAAAGAUGUAGAUACAAGGGAUCAACACUUUACUUCUGUUGCCAAUCGAUAUCCGCCACCUCAGCACCUCAUGCUGACUGAUGUUACAUCCAAUAGAAUAGCAGCAUCCUGGGCAGAACCUGAAGAUGGACAAGCAGUAAGGAGCUACAAAGUGCGUCAUAUAGUUGCUGGCAUGCCAGCAACAAUUCACACUGUGCCAAGUCAUGUGAAGAUUGUCUUCUUCAAAGAUUUAAGGCCCCGGUCCGACCACUUGAUAUGUGUAGCAGCUGUUUACAAGCGAGGAAAAAGUGCCGAAGUAUGCAAAAAGCAGAAAACACAUGCAGCUCCCAUCCCUCAAUGGAUUCACAGCCGCUGCAGAAUAUUCUGGUAUACUCCCUGCUGAGAUUUUACUAGUCUAAAAGCCUGAAUCUUUG